AUGGUUAGGCAAUCGCAGAGCAUGUAUGACAGGCACUUGACCAUCUUUUCGCCCGAUGGGAAUCUCUACCAAAUAGAGUACGCUAUAAAGGCCGUCAAGAAUACCAACAUAACAUCGAUAGGUGUAAAAGGAGAAAACUGUGCUGUCAUAAUUUCUCAAAAAAAAAUGGCAACUCAAUAUAUUUCCCAAGAUAAGUUAUUGGAUUAUAAUAAUAUAACAAACAUAUAUAAUAUAACAGAUGAAAUAGGUUGUUCAAUGGUAGGUAUGCCAGGAGAUUGUUUAAGCAUGGUUUAUAAAGCCAGACUAGAAGCUUCCGAAUUUUUAUAUAUUAAUGGAUAUAAUGUGAAUGUAGAAACGUUGUGUAGGAACAUUUGUGACAAAAUUCAAGUUUAUACGCAACACGCGUAUAUGAGAUUACACGCUUGCAGCGGAAUUAUCAUUGGUAUGGAUGAAGAGAGCAAACCAGGGCUUUUCAAAUUCGAUCCCUCAGGAUUUUGCGCGGGUUAUCGAGCAUGUGUAAUCGGCAAUAAAGAACAAGAAAGUAUUAGCAUUUUAGAGAGAUUAUUAGAAAAAAGAAAAAAAAAAAUUCAACAAGAAACAUUAGAAGAAGAUAUACAAAAUACUAUUGUACUGGCUAUUGAAGCUUUACAAACUAUUCUUGCAUUUGAUUUAAAGGCAAAUGAAAUUGAAAUGGCUAUAGUGUCUAAGAAAAACCCCAAUUUUACACAAAUCAGUGAAAAAGAAAUAGAUAAUUAUUUAACAUAUAUUGCGGAGCGGGAUUGA